CAAGCUCACCAGCUGAUGUCAAAGGUUUGGCCUUGGGGAAGUUACACUACCAACAAUAGUAAUUUAAUAAGGCUGUGUCUUCUGAUGCAUGUCCGGGCCAGAAAGAAAGUGGGAGAAACUGCAGGCUGGACUCAAACUGGAGAGGAGAGCAGGCGGACCAAGAGAUUGACUGCAACCGCAAAACCAGAACCAGACACUUCGCCUCCACCUGCACAAAACAAAAUCAGCUCUAUGACUGAGAUGAGCAGGUUAAACCUAACCAUGGAGUGGCUCAUGGUUGCAUUUGUAACCCUACUUCUGGCUGGCCAAGUCAGCUCUGAAGAAAUUCCGUAUGAGCACCUUAUGUCUCAGAUCCAGGCAUGUCCUAAAGAGUGCCGCUGCCCUCCAAGUUUCCCUAAUGCUGUUUACUGUGACAAUACGGGUCUGAAACGCAUACCUGUCAUCCCUCCCUACACGUGGUACCUGUACCUUCAGAACAACCUGAUUGAUGUCCUGUCAGCUAACGCUCUGCGCAAUGCCACACAACUAAGGUGGAUCAACCUGAACCGUAACAAAAUCACAAGCGAAGGCCUGGAGGCAGAUGCUCUAAAGGCUAUGUCUAACCUUGUACAUCUCUACAUGGAAGACAAUUUGCUUUCUUCCAUUCCAUCUUCUCUGCCUGCCAAAUUACAGCAGUUACGGCUCUCCCGAAACAGAAUCUCAAAUAUCCCACCCGGUGUUUUCUCUGGAAUGGACCAUCUCACCUUGCUGGAUCUGCAAGGCAACAAGCUACAGGAUGAUGCAGUAACUGAGGUCAGUCUGAAAGGCCUCAACAACUUGAUCCAGAUCAAUUUAGCAAAGAAUCAGCUAAAUACCAUGCCCCUUGGCCUACCACCCACAACCACACAGAUCUUUUUGGACAGCAACAACAUUGAAAAGAUUCCGGCUGAAUACUUCAAGGGUCUUCCCAAAGUGGUGUCUCUCAGGCUCAACCGCAAUAAGCUGGCUAAUGGAGGUAUCCCAAAAAAUGUGUUUAAUCUUUCCAGCAUCCUGGAUCUACAGCUUUCUCACAACCAGCUCACAGAGAUACCCGUUAUCUCUUCUGGACUGGAGCACCUGCAUCUGGAUCACAAUAAGAUCAAGAGUGUGAAUAGCUCUGACAUCUGUCCACCUGAUGCACUCCAUGACUACCUGGAUGAGAAGAGUCCACGUCUCCGUUACCUUCGCCUUGAUGGUAAUGAGAUCAAACCCCCUAUUCCACGAGAGCUGAUGAUGUGUUUCCGUCUCCUCAGGGCUAUUGUCAUAUAAAGAUGCCACGCCAUCUAGAUACUCCUGUCCAUUUAAUAUACCAGACCUGAAAAUGUAUGGAAACUAAAACACAUGAAAAGGGUCCAAAAAAGGACUAUCUAUUUGCAAAGUCAGAAAAUAAAUAUAAAAAUAUGUACACUGCUGAAAAGACUAGUUAAGACUAGAAUGAAUUUCAAUGUGGGUCCAGUUUCACUUAUGCUGGUCUAGUUCUGGACUAGCUAGUGAAGCGAAUCUGAUAAAGCUUUUGACCAAGAAAGCCCUGCUAAAUAAGCUCGUUGAGAUUGCUGGUGGGGAUUCCAGUAUCCAAAAUAUGACAUUCAGACGGUCUCCUAUUUUGGUCUUUUCAGGAGGGUAGAAAUUCACAAGACUGGUUCACAUAUGCAUUUGUAGAUGGUUUCUCAUGACUGUAUUGUAAAACCACUGUGCCUUAAUUUCAUACAUAUGAAAAACUAGCAGGCCUGAUUUGUGGAAAACACCAUUAUCUGUUAAAUGUUCUGUAUAAUGAAGAGAGCUCCAAAACAAUUUUCUAAUUUGCAAGUAAUGUAAUUUCCCCAUCCUGUGCAGAAGGAAAAAAAAACAAAUGCAUCUCAGUAGGUGUAGCAUUACCCAAAAACUUACCUCACCACACCGUUCUGGAGUGCUUUUGGACAGAAGAGUUGUGGUCUGAUUAUGGAUCCAAAUUUUUGGUAGUGAACUGAGUACAUAGGGUGGUUUGUUUGACUUUAUUGAAUGCAUGGUUACUCUUAGUAACAACAGCACCAAGAGAAGAUUAACUUCCAAUUGUUUCUUGCCUCUGUUAUAGCGAUUGACAUGUACUGACCUGUAAUAUUUUUUUAAAGUACUUUUUAAUAUCUCUUUACAUCUUUGUACAAUCAAUAUUUCAAUAUUCAAUCAAUAUUUAGUGUGGCAUUAAUAUUGAGAGAAGCAGCCAUUUUAGGACAGAAAGAUGUACUGUUUUAAUAAUUAAUGUGUAAAUAGAGUUUCAAUUUAGCAGUUGACAACGGUACUGCCAGUGAACCUUCUAGACUGAUUUUAAAAUGUAUUUUUCUCUAGAGUAUAAAAAUAAUGUGAAUAUUCUUUUUCAACGCGCAUAUGUGAUUAUUGUUUUUCAUGUUUUCAUUUACCACUGCAAACUGUGAGAACCAUUAGGAUUGUCAGAUGGAAAACAUAAAAUGAAAAAAACUUUUGUUUGGUGUUCUUGAUUAA